GUCAACGUAACGUCGUCACAAAACGCGCACAAUAAAAAAGAAACGAACAAUGAAAAGUUUCGAGAUCAACCUUUAAAUUGAAAACAAUUUUAAUCACACAAUGAACUCGUUCAUUUUGGAUCUUAACGUUUUGGUUUAGAAAAUUUCAAGGAUGAGUUAAUGAGGUUGAAAUAAAAAUAUAAACAAUGAGUUAUUUAAAGGAAGCUGAAGAUUUAAGUAAGAUUUUAAAGGAAAACGGCGACGAAGUAUUAAACGCAACUAGCAAAUUAUGCAUUUCAAGUGGCCUAUUAAGAAAAAUGAAUGAAUCAUUUAAAACAAUUUUUAAUUUAAAUAAUUCUUUAAACAAUCAUAACACGAAUUUUCACGUUUUACCUCAAGACGACUCAAUGAGUAUAAUAGAUCAAUUUUUAGAUAUACAUUUACUCUAUGAUUUUGUUCAAAAAACGAUAGGAUUAAAAUUAUUCUCUGAUAAUAAUUCAAAUCAAAACGAAUCAGAAGUUGAUAUUAGCAUAUUUCGUAAUUUAAAACUCUUAGAAGUUCGUAAAUUGAGUUUAAAUUUGUUAAGAGGCUUAAAAAAUUUACGAACCCAACUAGAAUAUUUAAUUUGUAUAAAAACGAUGAAUAAUCUAAAAGAGGUUUUUGAAAAUUGCGGUGGAGAUAGCGUCCAAGGUUACGUUUGGAACGAAUUAAAACAAGUCGUUUUUAGUCACAAUGGAAUCGAUGAUUUAGACGCAAGUUUAGAAUUUUUACCCCAAUUAAAUUCAAUCGAUUUGAGUCAUAAUCAAAUUCAAAACGCCGAUUACAUCAAUUGCCUCUCAAAUUUAAAUUAUUUAAAUCUUAGUUUUAAUUGUUUAACUUCAAUCCCGAACUUUUCGGGCGAAUUAUGCACGAAAUUACAAACUUUAAUCAUUAGAAAUAAUUACAUCGACGAUAUCAAAGAAAUUAGCGUUUUAGUUAAUUUAAAAGAACUCGAUUUAAGUGAUAAUUGUUUAAUCGAUCACGUUCAAUUAUACCCCAUAACAAACCUUUUAAAUUUAUCAAAACUAAAUUUAAAUGGGAACCCUUUAAGUUAUCACCCUUUACAUCGCAACAAAACGGCUAUGUAUUUACAUAUAAAAUCGCCGGAAAGCUUUAAAUUAGAGAAUUCGUGCCUUAAUAAGACUGAAAUUCGUCUAUUGGCAACUUUAUACCCGAUACAACAAAAUUUAACGUUAGAUAUUUCCGAAUUAUCAUCGUCAACGAAUUCAAUUAACACUUUAAGUACCGUUAUCCCGUUAACGAUGACUAUGUUAGAAGACAAAAACGAUACCACUUCCGAUUUUGAUUCGAAUAAUGGAGAUUUUCACGAAUCUUUAAAAAAUCUAAUUGUUGAAGAUAUCGAGACUUUUAAUAAUGAAGAAUGUGUUGUUGCACGAGAAAGUGAAGGGAUGGAGGAUAGUGGAUUUGAUGCUGGACAUCGACCUGAUUCGCCAAUAGGAAGUAUUGAUCAUCAUCACUGUGACCACAAUUCACAAGUCACCUUACGCAUUCUGCCGCUGACCAUAGUUAUGGCACUGCUUCUCAUCGUAACAGUAUUGUGGAAUCGUCUCAUAGCCCCUACUAACCAUCUCGUUUUCCCCGCUUCUUUAGAAAGAACGCGCGGCGCGAGAGCCACCCUCCUUGUUGUGGCUGACGUGCAUCGAGAAACGGUCGUCCAGCCCAGUAAGGGUUCAGCGGGGUCUUUGCAAAGCAGCAAUGAAGAUACCAUUAAAUAUUGCGAAAGUGACAUUGAAAUUUUGAGCAAUCCGAGUCAAAGCAGUAUUGAGGUCAUCUCAAAUAGAUCUUGCCCCAGAUUUCUGCAACAAUCAUCGAGUGCAAUAUUAACACAUCACACGGUUAGUGAUCCUUGUACAAAAUCCGAUCUCAAGAAGCCAACAAAAUAUGAUAUGAGAAAAUCUUUGUAGCAAAUAAGAACUGUGAUAAGUAUACAUUUUAAUUAUUUUUUUGGGAAAUAUUUAACGCAGCUCUCUUUUCCCCUUAUGCCUUAAAUUUCGAUUACUUAAGUAGAUUAAUUCAUUUGAUUGUGUUUGAAAAAAAAAUGUUUUAUGUAGUUAAUUUAUUAAUGAUUAAAAAGAAUUAAUUGGGAUUGUUUCCCUAUUUAAAUGCAAUAAACUAAAUUGUAUGUACAAAGUGAUUAUGUACUAAUAAAUAUAUUUUUAAUAAAUUUAUUACUCAAA